UAAGAAUAUCAAGCUGGAGGUGCCACCAGAUGACAUGACCACCACUUUGCGGGAUGCAGUUGCGAGAAGGGUUCAGUGGCGGAGAGCUGGUAUUCAUAUUGAUCCAGCAGAUGCAGAUUCAGUACCGACCAGUCAACCUCAGCCACAGAGUGCUGCAGUGCCACCGACGUUUUCUGAGCCAUGCCCACAGCUGCCGGAUACACGGGAAUCGUUAUCGGAACCGCAUCCUCCUGUCCCUACUCAGCCUCAGGUUACCCCCCCUCCACCUGUUCCGACAGAGCCAGCUACCGCUCCCAAGAAGCCAAGCAAGGCUAAUCCUGUGAGGAAGAAGCAGAGUAGGCCGAUGGCGACGAAGCGGGAGAUCUCAGAGGGUAAGAAAAAGGUGGAGCGGAUAAAACAACCGGUCACAAGGGCUUACACUUCUGAGAAUCCAAAGUACAGGGUUGGAAAGGCCUUGCUUAGUGUCUCUGAGCUUCGGGCAGCAGGUCCAUAUUGUAUGGACCUGCACAAGUACUACAUGCAAAAUGUCAAUCAAGCCGAGGAAAUCAUGGUGUCAUACGAAGAGCGGCACUUUCUGCAGCUUGAGGGCAACAGCAACAUCUUUAUUGUUGCCUGGAGCGAUUUGUUCGACCUUUUCAACCUCGACGCUUUGGAUCUUUCUCUCAUUCGGUGCUUUGCAUUGCACAUGCAACAAGAGACAAGGCGUCGAACCGGAAAGAAGUGUGGGUACAUUGACCCACAGCUGAUGACGGUGACAUUUAUGCUGACAGCUAGAGAUAGCUUGGUCAGCAGUGACACCACCGGAGAGAUCUCCUCGGCUGUGUGGAUGCCGCCGCUGUCGCCGCCGGAAAAACGGUCGGGGAUCGGCCGAGCAAGCAUCGACGUCGAGGUCGUCGUUGUGACAUUCAAGUAUUUAGAAUUAUAA